AUGGUGGGCGUAGGUAAAAAGUUCACAAAGGAGUCCAAAGUCCGGGAGAUUCAGAAAAACCUGCAUAAGCGGGCGAAACUGAAGAGACAGUACUUGAAGACGCUCGAGCAGGAGGGCUACGAGGUGCCAGAGGAGCAAAAGAGACAGAAACCGUCAUUCGAGCAGCGUAAGGGGGAGAAGAAGCAGAAGGUUGACGAGAAAAAGGAGCAUGCACGGCGGCGGAAGCGCGAGCAGAAGGAAGAGAUGGAGGCCAAGCGGCAGCGGGAGCUGGACGAGCUGGAGCGGGCGAAGGUGAGGCAGGUGGAACGCGAGCGGCGGAACAAGCGGAUACAACAGAAGACGCGGUCCGGGCAGCCAAAGAUGGGGCCCCGGAUUAACGACCUGCUGGACAAGAUCCAGAAGGAUACGACGUACACGUCGUGA